GUUGCUUUGUAGGCAUGGCACCUGCUAAGAAACGUGCAGUAAAGGGGAAAGAAAAGGAAAAAGUUCCAACACCUAAGCAAGAGAAAGAUGGUGGAGUAAAGGGGAAAGAAAAAGAAAAAGUUGCAACACCUAAGCGAGAGAAAGAUGGUGCUUCUCCUGUGCCUGGAAAGCCGGAUAAGAGGCAUCGUAGUAAUACUAAUCGUAUUCUUGGCAUCAUGGAAGCUGACAGUACAAGUGAAGAAAAACUGCAGAUGCUUGAUCCUCUGGGUUUUAGGGGUGUGUCGAGGGUUAAGCUUACGAGACUCCCGGAUAAUUUUAUUGAAUGGCUUUGCAAAAGCUUUGAUGUGAGUUCAAGGUCUUUCCCGCUGCUACGGUCAGGGAAGUUUAGAAUUGGAGAGGCAGAUGUGGAGAGAGUCUAUGGUUUGCCGCGUGGACCGUAUGUUGUUAAGCUGGAUAUGUUCAGUGCAGCCCAGAGGCACAGGUGGGGAAUUGAGUUAGGGCUUUCCAAUACUAAGAAAGGAAAGGCGUCAUUGGCAAAUGUUAAACUGGCAUUGGAAGAGGAGAGGGACAAUAAGAAGUGGAGGGAUCUUUUUGUACUGUAUGCAAUGGAGGCAGUUCUGUGUCCCAGUGGAAAUUUGAAGAUUAACCUCUCCUAUGCUGGUUUUUUGCAAGAUGAAAUGGUUGCUGACUUCACCCAAUAUAAUUGGUGUAAGCAUGUGGCUGACCAUUUUAAUGACAGUAUGGUUGAAGUGGUUCAAUCAAAGUCAAAGUUCCCUGGUGACGUUCAUCUUCUUUUUAUUUCGAUUCUUGACCGUGUGAAGAACCCCCCUGAGCUGCCCAUACCGACCUGUAAGCAUAGGUCGUACAAAGUCGCAAGUGCUGCUUUUCAAGUACUGAUGGACGAAGAUCAUCUCAAUAUUGGUCAUCGAGAUGUAGUGAUGGAAGAAGAAGCAACCUACAGUCAACCAAUGGGACGAGAACGUGUGCGGGGUUCAAAGAGGAAAAGGCCGGUAGAUGAUCUUGAUAUGGUGAGGGAAGGGGAUCUUCCGAAGCUUCCCCAUCUUGACCUCAACUUGGAUGGUGUUAUUCGGUUGAAGAAGCAUAUCAGUUGAAGAAUGACAUGGAAAGUUAUAAGAGGGCUUUGUUGAGGAUGGCUGCUCAUUACAGUUCGAGCAUUGAACAAGUUGAUGAUCAUAUAAAGAUGCUGGAGGGGCAGCAACCAGAGGAUAGUCCUGAAGAUAAUGUCGAUUUCACUGAUAGAGUUGAUGAUGUUUCUGUUGCUAAGGGAACCAAUGAUGUCGGUCGCAAUGCAUCUGCUGCCAAUGCUGAUGAUGAGACUGGUGCUAACAGUCCAAAGUCCCCGGGUCUUGAUGAUUUGUCAAUGGAGAUGGAUAAGGAUGGUGCUGGUAGUGUUGAUGUUGUGGUGCCAGAUGUUGGUCACAAUGAUCCUGCUGGCACUGCUAAUGAUGAUACCUCUCCUAAGGGAGUGUUAGAUUCGGAGGGACUUGAUGAUCAUCUUGAUAAUCUGACAAUGGAGAUGACACAAAAAAGUGUUGAUUCUGAGAAUGCUAAGAAGGUGAUGGAGAUGGACAGCUGUGAGGAAAAGGGACAAGGUGAUGAUGGAGAUGACAAUGUUGAUGCUGCUAAGUUGGAUAACUUGGUUGAGAAGGUCGUAAAGUCUGCUAUGGGGGAUGUUUGUGAAGAUGUGGUGGUUGAUGAGAAAAGGAAAGAAGCUGAUGCCGGUGAGGUGCUUGAGGGUGGUGAUGGUAGUGGAGAUUUAACAUUGAGUCAGCUAGUUAGGGAGGGAAAGGUAAUUUGUUAUACAAAGGUAAUUUGUUGUACUAUGUUUCAGUUUUGGUUUGUGUUAGUUGUUUUUAGUGUUGUUUUAUCUAAUUUGUGGGUUGCUUUAAAAAUCAGAAAAAAUUUAAAGUGAAGAAUGCAGGAAGCUCAUCCGGUGUUGAUAUUGAUGUGUUGAAGGGUGCUGUGUUGCGAUAUGCAAGGGAUUCGAAUAACUUGAAGGAAAUCCUUUUCAGUCGCGUUGAUGGAUUCGAUUGCUUGUAUAGAAAGGACACAGAGACUUUGGCACAUGGGAAAUGUGUGAGUGUGGAUGUUAUUGACUGCUAUGCUGCCUAUCUGAAUCGGGAGCAAGUGAGAAGAGGGCAACUGAAAAGAUGGGUGUUCUAUUCAGGGCUGGCGCAAAGAGUGCAGGGGAUAGUGAAGAACGAAGGACCACUGCCUAAUUUUUUUGAAGAGACUGAUGAAAUUAUUACAAGUUGCAAGUGGAUACCAGAUGGUUUGGAUUUCUCACAAUGUG